AUGCGACAAGCACUCGUCGACUACCCCGGAGUGCAUGUUGGCCCAGGUACAUGGAUUGUUGACCCCGAGUUUGCGGAUGAUUUUGUACUUGGAUACACCAUGGACAACCUCCAGCCCGUUGUCAGUCGUAUGAAUCAGUUUGCCCAGGCCAUGAAGACAUUUUCGACCGAAACUUCUGCCAUGGCACAAUCCCUCUCGAUUAAUGAGGAGCUCGUCGAGUGA